GAAUAUGCUACUACUGAGCCGUUUUCAAAAGUCGAUUGGAUGAGUUUCAGGGAGAAGAUGAUCUGCAGCAUCCUGCUGCUCAUCAUCCUGACCUCCUGUGUCUCUGGAACGUUUGUAGUGAAUGUGACCCAGACCUCCUAUCAGGCAGAGGAGAACCACCACAUCACACUGGAGUGGACCUUCACAACCAACCCUCACACUUCCUCCAACUCUCUGAAUAUCUUCUGUGAACUGUUAACUGUCAAGAAUCCAGUCCUGUUUCAUCUCCAUGAAGGAGUCGAGGUCCCAGAGUCUCAGGAUGAACAGUUUGCAGGACGAGUCCAGUGGGACAAAGACGUCCUCAGAGAAGGACGACUCAGACUUCAUGUGUCCAGACUCAGGACUGGAGACUCGGGACUGUACCUGUGUGAUGUUCUCACAGAUUAUUGGAGUAACUCUGUUAGAUGUUUACUCAAUGUCACUGCAGCGAGGGAUCGGCCUAAACCUGAGACACCAAACACAACAAGUCCACCAAACACAACAAGUCCACCACAACAGGAGAAUCGGAGAAGGAUCGGUCUCUACUGUGGUCUGACAGCAGCUAUGUUGGCUGGUUCUAUCUGUUUUUUCAGCCUUCUGAGACCCCAAACACAACAAGUCCACCAAACACAACAAGUCCACCAUAGAGUCGGGGAAGGAUCUGACUCUACUGUGGACUGGGACUGACAGCAGCAUCAGCUCUGCUGGCCUUGUCAGUCCACUUUUGUUUCUGUUUGUUCAGAAACGUUCUGCAGAGAGAACCAGAUUCCCAUUUGGCGAAUAUAAGUUACAGAUCAGCAGAUGAUGGUUUAGAGUUCAAUCAACAACUGAGGCAAAAUUGUUAGAAUUAACUGUUUAUAUCACAGACACAAAGAAAAUACUAGUUUCUCAGCUAAUACAACAGCAGGUAACCAUAGCAACGUUGAUGUUUCAAACACAUGAAAAUCAGCAAAAUGAACACUAACAAUCUGUAAAAGGUGAUGACUGAAACACAUUCAUGAUAUAAAAGUCUAACUACAGAACUGAUAUACAAAAAAUAAUUAUGGAGGAAAACAAUGUUCUCAUUAUUUUUAUGGGAUGUCUCGUCAAACUGUUAGAGGAGACCGGAGCAAUCGUCACAUAUUUUACAUUUUCCUUCAUAAUUCACAGACAACUUAAAAUACUCUCGUCAUCUUUUGAUACAAGAAACACACACACACGUGUGUGUAUGUGUGUAUAAAUGUUUUAUCUGAUGUUUGAUCUGAUUCAUUAAUUUGUCACAAACAAAUGUGUCCAUUAAAUUUCAAUACUUAAUUUCAUUAAGAUGUUAAACUUGAAGAGUCCACAAUUUCUGGAAGAUUAGUAUGUUAUGUUUCUAACUAAAAAAAGUUAUUUCAAUAUUAUUAAUGUAUUUACAUUGAUGACAUUUAAAUAACUUUAAAAAACUUAAUUUUGUUCUUUGCUGACUGUGAUAUCUGAACAUGUUGCAGCUCUAACUGACCGUAUUGAACUUCUGAUGAUUUGUUGAAUUGGAACCACGAAUGGGAGAAAAGCUGUUUUUUGUUCUUUUGUUUAAAUAUACGUUUUAUUUCUAUUUAUACUUAUUCACAUUCACCAAGUGAUUCAACUAAUAAUUCAAACGUUCACAGGUCGUAUAUAUGAAAACAGCCACCCAAUACAUUCACACAGUAAAUGAUGAAUAGCGAGGUUUAUUUACACACUAUAGAAAACAAUAGUUAUAUUUUAAAUGUGUAUAAAAAAAGAAAAUGCUUCAGAGAGUCAAAAGUGUUUUGCGGAAGAAUAAGAUUGUCCACCAGGUGUCCUCAAACUUUCCUCUAAACAAUACUUUGUUUUUUAUGAUUUCAGAAAGGAGGAGGUAAACCAUGUAGAAAUCUUCUUUAGGAGGCGUACUCUCUGUGGCAUCAUGAAGGUGUCCAAGUCCUAGAAACGCGUUUCCUGUCAUCUCUUCAUACAUGAUCAUGAUCAGACUCACAAACUGGAACUCUGUCCUCUGGUCUCCUGGUUUGGAUCUUAAAUGACUGAAGACACACAAGUCCCUAGUGAGACCAGAACCAGAGAGUCGGGGAAUGAUCGACCUCUACGCUGGACUGACAGCAGCAGCUCUACUGGCUAUUUUACUAAAUUUACUGAUAAAAGAAAAAAAUGAGUCGUCAGAGCUCUGAUUCGAGACCUGAGAGUCCCAGACCCUCUCCCUCCAACGUCUGUCUUUAGGGUAAGAAGGUCAACGUCUGAUGUGACUCCAUUCAACCACCUGCCCGCCCCUGGCCCUUAGAGAAGAACAUUUAACAAAUAAUAAUAACCAGCCAGAAAUAAAAUGAGAAGGACCUUCAGCCAUUUCACAUCACACGAUGACCAGACAAGUUGAAGUGUGGGUCAGACUCCCUCCAUGUCCCUCUAUGACAGGGGUCUUCAACGUUUUUCCAGCCAAGGACCCCUAAACUGAGAGAGAGACGGAUCAGGGACCCCCCUACUACAUGUUGUAUAUAAUUAGGUUGCAUAAUAAGCUAGGCCUACAAUAACGUGUGGGCAGCCUAAAGCCUUUAUACAUAACUUUUUAGUCCAUAGAAUACUAAGCUAUUAAUAUUUGUUGCCAUGAUUUUAUGAAUCAUAUUUUAAUGAUAAACAUACAUGUGGCACAAUGAAUCCUCAGGAUUAACUGUGCAUGGCUACCAUAGUGAGUUCCUUUAGGCCAGUAAGCCUAUCAUCAUUUUUUUUCUCAAAUAGGCUGAUUAAUAUUUGCUAAUAAUAUGUUGGAUUCGUGUUAAGACAUUUUGUUUUUAUUUAUUUUUUUUACCUUUAAAAAAUUACAACAACAACAACAAUAAUUAACAAUAAUAUGAAGGCCCCCUCUGCAGUGACUCUGAAAAAAACACACAGUUGCGCUGACUCAACCAUUCAUACACUCAAGGCUAUUGUACAUGGCUGUAAAACCACUUGUUGAUGUUAACAUCGUUGGGAAUGACUCAACCAUUUCAUUUCCUCGAGCACGCUUGUGUUCUCCAUGAUAGUAGACCUAACCACAAUGACUCAAAAGGAUAAAGCUUUGUCAAGUAUCUCCUUCGUGUGUUUAGUCGGAGCAGUGAUAAGGCGUCCUAGAUAAUAUGUCUGUUAUAAACAAACCAACAGCAUGCUGUAUCGAAAGAGGUUUAACCAGCCAGAUAAGGCAAUUAAAUAUUGAUGUGGUGAUAGUUUAAAAUGUCAAUCAAAAUGAGCAUUCCACAAAAAAACAAUCCCCUUUUUUUUGUUUUUUUUUAAACAAUUUUUAUGUUUAUUUUUUAAUAACAUACAAAAGAUACAGCUUGCAUCAUGGACAGUAAUAGUAAAGCAGUGAUCCAAAAGAACAAAACUCACUUUCAUAAUUCAAACAACUUGAGGUGAUGAACAGGAAGUGUCUCAUGUGGUACUGAGAACAUGUGUUGAAGUAUUGUGUAACAUAUCCCCUUUAAAAUGACAUCAGCGUUGAAGCUGCUUUUAAAAUAGUGAGAGUGAGAAAAUAUAAUGCUCUUGUUUUGUUUUAAUGCAGUUCUAGACAGACUGUCCUUUUCAUUUCAUUCUGUAUGCUCUGUUACAAGUUGUUUAUUGCCAACGUUUUGUAUCUUUUAUUUUCCUAUUCUUUUAACCGUGUUAUUUAUCAAUUAUGUUCUGUAUUCUUUUCUGCAUACUGUAUGUUUUUCUUGCUUUCUUCGCCAAUUUCUAAUUCCAUCCAUCUCCUAUUCCACAUGUUUGUAUUAUUCCCCAACAAGUUCUCUUGAUUUAGAGUGACUGAUCUGACAGACUGUUCCACAUGUUGCUCUGCUUCCUGAAAGGGGGUUUCUGCUCCAAAAUGCAGCUUUAUACACCUCUCAUCUUCUUGUAAAGAUGUCAUUAUCAGAAACAUGUCUUCAGAUAUUACAGAUAAUCUUGUAAAAAGAUUACAUUUUAAUAAAUGGGAGGGUGAAAUACU